AAAAUGAACAAGCAUGCAACAAAAUGAGUAAAACUACAGAAAAAAGACACCAAAAUAAUGAAUGAAAAAUUUAAAAAUGUUCCACACCCAACAUUAGACAGACACUGGUCAAAACACACUUUUUUCUCAGCUUUCCCAAAAAGCAAAAACCUCAAAGAAACCCCCCACUCACACUACUCCAUUCUUCUGCACUCUCUGCUUUCUCUCUCUAUCUCUAGACUCUACCCCUCCAUUAUCAAAGCUCCUUUCUUUUCAAUGGCAUUUCUUCAUCCCUUUUUUCCCUUCUUCUACUUCUCCUUCUUCACCUUUUCCCUACUCUGUUUUUCUUUUUCUUCUUCUUCUGCUGGUGUUUCAACUACUUCUCCUACUGAUGUUGAACUUGUACUGUACAAAAUCAAACCUACUUUACAAGGUAAUACUGAAAGUCUUCUCCUUUCUUCAUGGAAUGCAACCAUUCCUCUUUGUCAAUGGAAAGGUCUUAAAUGGGUUUUCUCUAAUGGUACUUCUGUUAACUGUGAUACUCUUUCUUCACCUCAUUGGUCAAGUCUUUCUCUUUACAAAGACCCUUCUCUUCACCUUCUAUCCCUUCAACUUCCUUCUGCUAAUCUUUCUGGUUCUAUUCCUAGAGAAAUCGGCCAACUUUCUGCUCUUCAAACCCUUUAUUUGAGUGUUAAUUCAUUGUCUCAAGGUGUGCCAUUAGAGCUUGGUUACAGUUCUUCACUUACAGAUAUUGAUUUGGGUCAGAAUUUGCUUACUGGGUCUUUAUCUCCUUCCAUUUGGAACCUCUGUGAUCGGCUCGUUUCGCUUCGGCUUCAUGGUAAUGCUCUUUCUGGUUCACUCCCUGUACCUGCUUUACCUAACUCUACUUGUGAUAACUUAAAGGAACUUGAUUUAGGGGAUAAUAAAUUUUCUGGGUUGUUUCCUGAAUUUAUAACUAGGUUUAGAAAUGUUAAAGUUGUUGAUCUUAGUCAUAAUAUGUUUACUGGUGUGAUUCCUGAUGAUGUAGCUCAAUUACAACUUGAUAAAUUGAAUUUAUCUUACAAUAACUUUAGUGGGUUGUUGCCAAAUUCUGUGGGAAGUAAGUUUGGAGCUGACCCUUUUGUAGGGAACAAUCCUGAAUUAUGUGGGUACCCUUUAAAAAGUUGUAAUGGAGGGGGUAAUAUGAGUCCUGGUGCAAUUGCUGGUCUUGUGAUUGGUAUGAUGACUGGUAGUGUUGUUGCUGUGUCUGUUUUGAUUGGUUAUUUGCAAAAUAGGAGGAGGAAAAAUAGGGGAGAUAAUGAGGAUUAUUUGGAGGAUUGUGAGGAGGAUGAAACUGGUGGUGAAACAGGUGAAGCAAAGCUUAUAGUGUUUCAAGGAGGUGAGAAUUUGACAUUGGAGGAUGUGUUGAAUGCUACUGGACAAGUUAUUGAGAAAACGAGCUAUGGAACGUCUUAUAAGGCGAAGCUUACGGAUGGAGGGACUAUUGCAUUGAGGUUAUUGAGAGAAGGUUGUUGCAAGGAUAGGAGUUCAUGUUUGCCUGUUGUAAAGCAGCUUGGUCGUCUUCGUCAUGAAAAUUUGGAUCCCUUGAGAGCUUUUUAUCAGGGAAAGAGAGGAGAGAAGCUGCUGAUUUAUGAUUAUGUUCCUACCAGAACUCUUUAUGAGCUUCUACAUGAUCCUAAGCCAGGUAAACCAGUACUGAACUGGGCUAGACGCCACAAAAUUGCGCUUGGUAUAGCCAGAGGACUAGCAUAUCUUCAUACAGGCCUAGAGAUAACUAUGACUCAUGGAAACGUGAAAUCCAAGAAUGUACUAGUUGAUGAUUUCUUUGUAGCUAGGCUUACCGAAAUUGGGGUCGACAAGCUAAUGAUCCCGGAUGUAGCUGAUGAAAUGUUGUCCCAACUGAAGUCAGAGGGAUACAAGGCUCCGGAGCUUCAAAAAAUGAAUAAAUGCAAUCCAAGAACUGAUGUAUAUGCAUUUGGUAUAUUAAUGCUCGAGAUUUUGAUCGGAAAGAAGCCCGACAAAAACUCACGAAGCGGUGAUUAUAUGGAUUUACCGUCAAUGGUGAAAACCGCUGUUCUAGAAGAGACAACAAUGGAGGUCUUUGAUGUCGAGGUUCUAAAAGGUAUAAGAAGCCCCAUGGAAGACGGGUUGGUUCAUGCAUUGAAGCUUGCGAUGGGAUGCUGCGCUCCAGUGGCUUCAGCUCGACCCACGAUGGAGGAAGUCGUCAAGCAGUUGGAGGAGAAUAGACCAAGAAAUCGGUCUGCGUUAUACAGCCCAACUGAAACUAGAAGUGGGACAGGUACUCCUUUUUGAUCAUCCUUUUUCGUUUUUUUGGUAGGUCGAGAGGUAAAACCUGUGUGUCUCUAGUGUCUUAAGCAGUAGGAACAAAUCUUCUUACAUUGAACUGAUUUUUCGAAGUGCUUGUAAUUUGGGCUAGAAGUAAUGAUAUUAUGCAAAGUGAUUCAUUACAGAUUCUGGGUUUCAUAUUAAACUCCGUAUAUUAUGCAUUUAUCCCCAAUGAUCCCUUGACGUAUAACUUUCCGGGUGAUUUUGCUAUAAAAACAGUUCUACAUUGCUUUC